UUUCCAGGAAACAUUAAUAAUAAUAAUAUUAUUCCAUUUUGCGUUUACCUGUUGACCAAAUUACAAACACAUACCGUGUGCCAAGCACCAAAAAAACGCAAAACCCUGCAGCUUCACUAUUACCAUUUACCAACAGCUCAGUACGGAUCGGAAUCAUCGAUCACAAAGAGGAGAAAUUAUCAACAGAGCUAAUUAUUGUUUGUAAGAAAAGAAAGAAGGAAUUUUUUGGAAUAUUAUUUUAAAUGGAAGGAGAAAGAGUGCCCGGCUACGAUCUUCAGGUCUCGGCCUUCUCCGCUGCUACUCCGGCGACGGUUCCGAUCCACGAAAUGGGGUUUGUGCAAUUUGAAGAUCAUGAUCAUCACAGUACCCACAACGUCUUGAGCUUCUUGUCGCCGGCCUCUCAGCCAUCCACGGCGGCCGCCCAAUUGUCGUCGUCGUCGACUCAGCUGCCUCUCAACGGUACUACUGCCGCCACCGCCACCGAUAACACGAACGCCGCCUCCAUGGGGUUCUGCCAUGGCGACCUCGUUUCAAGACCAGCUUCUUGGAAUAACGAACAAAUGGGGACUUUGGAUCCAAAGGCUGUUAAUGAGGAAAAUUGCACCGGUAAUGCUAGCGAUGGAAGCAAUUCAUGGUGGAGGAGCUCAAGCGCAGAUAAAAGCAAGGUGAAGGUGAGAAGAAAGCUGAGGGAGCCAAGGUUUUGCUUCCAAACCAGAAGUGAUGUGGAUGUGCUUGAUGAUGGUUACAAGUGGAGGAAAUAUGGACAGAAAGUUGUCAAAAAUAGUCUUCACCCAAGGAGUUAUUACCGUUGUACUCAUAAUAACUGUCGGGUGAAGAAGAGAGUUGAACGACUCUCCGAGGAUUGUCGUAUGGUGAUAACAACCUACGAAGGCAGACACAACCACUCUCCUUCUGAUGACUCAAAUUCCUCUGAACAUGAAUGCUUCAGCUCUUUCUAAUUAAUGUAAAAUCAACUACAACAAGAAUUUUUCUUGUAAUAUUAUUCACAAUGUAGUAUUGUAGCUUA